GUUUAAAAAGUUCAAUGGAUUAGCAGAGAUCAUGAUGAAGUCAACCAUUUCAAAAGUUACACGAGUUAGCAGAGAUCAUGAUAAAGUCAACCAGGAGGCAUAUGGCACUUGUUUGAUAUUCUAUUACAUUUUUAAUUGAACCUUUAUUUAACUAGGCAAGAAUAUCGGAAUCAUCGGAAUAUCGGCUGUCUGUGUUGUGUUUUUCUCAGGUCAUUUUCUUUUGGAGUAUUGGGAAAAAGAACCCUAACUUCCCUCUUGGCCUCACUAUCACUGUGAUCCAGACCACCAUGUCAUUUUUCUUCUAGAUAUUAAUUAAAAAAGCAUGACAGAUUUGGAAAAUUCUAAGUCACAUCCCAUGCCUCUGGCCCACAUUGUUGUGCAUGCAGUCCAACUCGAAUCUAAGGUUUUUCAUUUUCGCCGGUGACAGGCUUGUGAAUUCCUCCAUGCACAGUCUGCUGGACUGUGUUGCUCCACAACCAUAUUUGAAUAUUGUUCUGAUAUUUCCAAUGCAGAGGAUUCAUUUUGAUGUUGACCCCAGUGCUGAGGCACAAAGACAAGGCCCAGACUAUGGAGUACAACCUGAAACCCCUAAGAGACCAGAUGCAAAACAUCACCACAAGGAAAUAAUCAAACACACUUUGUUAUGAAAAGGGUCAUUUAACAAAAUUCUAGUUUCAGAAAAAAGCGGACUAUUAUUUUGAUCAGAACUAGGCCUAUAGUACAAUACAUGAAAACAACAAAUAUUGUGUUGCGCUACUAGGCCUGUCCUAUUAACGGUCUAGAAUGAACUAUUCACCAGCCCUUUUAUUCAUAUUCACAGGAACUAGAUGAGACGUUUUGCCAGAUCAGUGAAGAAACCAAUGGGAAAGUUUUGUGGUGGGCUGUUGUGUAGACUUCCAUUCAACUAUCAGUUGGAUUUUGGCAAAUCAAAAGACUGAAAGACUUCCUGAUUGCAAAGAAGUUGAUUUGAUAAAAACUUUAGAGCAGGAAUUAUGUCUGGCAGUACAAUGCAGUGGCCACUAGAGUCAAAUGCUAUUCCAAACUAGACUUGAAGAUCAGUGCUGAGGAGGCAUCUAUUUUACUGUACAUCCUCCUAGAGACAAUGUAUGAAUUAAUAAAAUGUGUUUGUUUAAUUUUACACAACUAUCCCAAUUUGUUUUCUCCAAUGAACACAACAAAAUGUAAAUAAUGACGUAGCCAGCCAAUCAGAAAGCGAUCUGACAUGCAAACAAACCGAAAAUCAGAACGUAGCCAGGCUAGUUGAUUGCUCCAGUUGCUAAAGCCAGAAAACGAAACGGACGGGUUUGUGACAGUUUGCUAACUAGUUCCAUAGAGAACAAAGGGCCAUCGACUAUAGAAAAUGUCUUACUGGAUCUGCUGUAACUCCUGCUUCAACCUCCCUGGUCCUGACCGCAAACUAGCUGUUACUACCUGUGGUCAUGUCAUCUGCAACGUGUGUUUUCAGAAAGCCAAUCAAGGGGAGUGCAUGAUAUGUAACGCAAAAUGUCAAGUUACUCCUCUCUCAGACAAAAGUAGUGCAGAAGUAAAGGCCCUCUUCUCUGACAUAAAUUCUGUAGCAACCAAACACUUAACAGAGAUAAGCAAGGUGUUACUAUUCCAGGCAAGGCACCAAAAGAGGUUGUUGGCACAUUCCCAGCAGAGGAAUGAAAAGUUAGAAGAAGUUUUACUCAAGAUGAAGCAAGAAAUGCAGCAAAUGUCCAAGAAAAUUACAGAGCAGAAUGCCUAUAUUGCCAAGCUGGAGAGCACUCGUCAGCAGCAAAGUGCAAAAGCAGCUUCAACAUCACAGCUGAACCGUAGUUCUCACAAUGCUCGUUCACAUCAAAUCAAAUCAGAUCAAAUGCAGAUACCAUUCAACUCACCCAUGUCCCUCUCUCGCUACUCGUCUACUACAAGUCUGGCAGAAAACAUGGAGGUGGAUAACAGAGGUCUGUUUAGGAAACCGGAGCUCUCUGGAAGUGUCCAGAGGUUGUCCUUGAUCAGCCCUCCACAGGACGGCCGGAUGGGUACCGUCCCCCAUCGAUCGACCAAUCAGAACACCCUAGUCAACCACUCAGCUCGCUCGGCCACUGUCAGCCGCCUGGCGGAGUUGCAGAUGACCCCUAACCUGCCGUAUCGUAGGAACACGGGGUGGGAGACGCCUGUGUUCAAGCCCCCGUCAGCCUACAGACACUCCUCCAUGUCUUCUCUGGUCAUGUCCUCUCUGGGGGUCACCUGCCCUCCACCGUAACACCGCCAAGAGCCAGCCAUCACGACGGCACAAGGAGACGUCUCUGAUCCACUUCUAUGCCCUCCACGAGUGACUUAGCUAGAGUAUCAAAUCACCUGGCAAUGGUUGAACUCUCCACCAUGGAGAGAUGAGCUGUGGAAUAGGAAGUGUUGUUCAGAAAUUGAGCCCCCUUCACACAGGGUUAAGAAGAGUUUGGAAGCUGUGGUCUGUUGGUUGUGUGUGCAGUGUAGCGUGUAUAUUGUCAUUGUAAUGGAUUACAUACAGUAUUAUUUGUCACAGUAACAAAUAAAAUUUAACAA